AUGUUCGGCGAGGACAGCAUGCGGGAGUGCCCUCUCGAAAGCUCCAUCCUCGGGUCCAUCAUCCCCACCCUGGACCCCAACCCCCCGCAACCUUUCCGCAAGCGCAAGAACGCUUCCUUCGCUGACGACACGGCUCCCCCCGAAGAGCCGGGAUUGAACCCCCCCCUCUCGACCGGCAGAUUGGGCGCCGCAGAGGCUGAGGGGGGGGCUCCACGGGAUCGGGCAGGGGGGGACGGCGGAGUGGCAGUGUCAGGGGGGGGGGUUGGUGAGGGCACUGCUGUGGACCAGAAAGACGAGGCGGGUUCGACCGAGGGUAGAGCGAGGAAGCCUCGGGUUAAGCAUGGGCUGAGAGUUCUCGUGCGGGGCACAUGCAGGUGCGGUAAAACGACGAUUCUGUGGGACUAUUGCCACCGUGCGGCCGUGGCGGGUCACCGCGUGGUUCUGGUUUGCCUCAAGACCGCCAACGACAGCGAAGACCUCUCGAACCUGCCUCGCUCCAUGAGGGCCGGUGGCGAGAGUGACGAGCUGCGAGGGUGGGAGGCGAUCGCCCUCGGCAGGAUCGGCAUCAAGUACGUGCGCUCUCGAGACGACCUCGCCUGGUACCUGGCCAGCCUGCACACGCUCAAGAAGAGCCAGUGGCCGACGGUGAUCGCAGUCGAUGAUGUGGACAAGAUCAUCGAGACAUCGGCGGGCGGCAGCGGCGGCGGCGGCGGCGGCGGAGGAGGAGGAGGAGCAGCGUUGAGAAUACUGGCGCUCCUUCAGGACACAGCUGAAUUCUUCGACAAGUCGAGAGCCGAAGCUGCUGCCACCGCCGCUGCUGCCGCUCGCGGUUCAACCGCGGGAAGUACUCCGAACAGAACAACGGGAGGAACUCCGAACAAAACAACCGCCGCCACCCCUCAACCGGCAGAAAGGGGGAGUGGUGGCGGCGGCAACACCUCAUCGCCCCAAUCCCAACCAUCGGGCAACUUGAGGGUAGUAGGUGGAGAGGGAGAAAGGUUUGCUUGGACGCCAGGCGAAGGGAGUCGGGCAGCGGACGGAGCGAGACCGAAAGGAGGUGGGCGUGACGACAUAACAGGGGAGGCGGCGGCCGUGCGCGUGGUGACCACCUGCUCGACGUCAGACCGGGGGAUGCUGUCGCUUUAUGGACGCUUCGUCCACGUGGUUGCGAGGGUGCAAAAUACGACCGGGCCGGACUGCUUCUCGUUGAGGGUCGACCCCGGCAUCGGCACAGCGUCUGCCCCUGCCCCUUACCUUCGUCCUCGACCUGCGGCCGCAUCCGGGUCUGGAGGGUUCGCCCCGGGAUUCACGCCAUGGGACGGCGGUGGCGGUGGUAGCGAUGGUGGUGGUGGUGGUGGUGGUGGGUCUGCUGCUGCUGCUGCACAUCAGGAGGUGGUGGAGUACGUGCGGUCUCAGAUCGAUGGGUCGUUUGCUUUGUUCUGA